GUUGCUUUAACAAUGUUAAUAAAUGAACUUACAGAUGAUUGUUUGCUGACUAUUUUUGAUUGCAUAAAAGAUUUACAAGAUUUAAUAAAUUGCUCCAAAGUUUGCGUAAAAUGGUCUAAUGUAAUUGUUGGUCGGACAAGAAGAGUCAAAUACUUGUUUAAGCAAUCGUAUUAUUCGCCUGAUUAUGUUUGUAACUUCGUAAAUCGACCUAUUGAUGUAACCUGUUUGAGCAAAUUGUUUCCAAAUUUAAGGAUUGCCGACUUGUUUCACAUAUCAAAUGUACUACGAAGUAAUGAAACUAUGAUAAUAAGAACUCCAACGAAAGAUAUUGAUAAACUAUUCAGAGAUUCAGAAUCUUUAAAAGGAAUAAUCUUUCCUUGUAAUUACUAUUUGGAUUUCGAAUUGAUGCCGGAAAUCGGUAACCUCGAAAUGUUAUCUACCGGAUACCUCAGUCCAAAAAUAAGUGGAAUCUAUGAAAAUGUGAAACAAUUGCACCUUUAUGACUGUAAUUUAGAUCUAUUCGAAUCCAUCGCACAUUGUUUCCCAAAUCUUGAAAGGAUGAAAAUUUAUGCUGCAGACGAUGGAAAAACUUAUCGCCCUGAUCAUCCAGCAAUGGCAAAUCUUAAAAUAUUUGAAAUGGCUUUUUACAGUUUUGAUCGGCCUCGUGACAUUAGCUGUUCAUUUUUAUUCAUGGAUUCGUGCCCAGCGUUACAGAGUGCUCAUAUCAGAAUUGAUUGCAAUCAAAUUGUGUUCAAUGAUUCGAUAAAACAUGCAAACUUACAAGAUUUGGUUAUACAAUUUUGCAAACCAAUCGAAUGGGAUAAACUACGAAGGUUAAUGUCAAAAUAUCCAAAUCUAAAGCAUUUGGCAUUACGAGAUACCUCUUUGGAAGAUGAGUACAUCGAUCAAUUAAUAUUAAUUUUGCCAAAACUUACUCUACUUGAUAUUCGUGAGUCUUCUGGAGUCACUCGAGAAGCUGCUGAUCAUAUUCGGGACUAUUGUAAGCAGUAUGGUCGUUCAAUCAAGUUUCUUUCAGCAGAAGGCAGACACGGUGAAUGGCCGCAUAUCUCACUAAACAUAUAUGGAUCAAAUAAAAUCUGUCGCGGAUUUGAUUUCAUGGAACAUUGUUUUUUCAAUAGUUUCGAUGAUUUACCUCAUUUUUUGGAUCCAAUAGAUGAUUGAAAAUGCAAAAGAUAACAUAAUUGUCAAUCCUCUGCGUCUAAAUUUUGUUCCAGCUUUAAGGAGUACGAGCUUUGAUGACAUGACUCGUCAUCAAUUGGAAAAACUUUCGUGCUUUAAACAACAGAACACUAAAGCUCACUUCAUAACACGAUUGAUUAGCUACUAGAUUCUGGGAUUUGAUACUUCAAUUUCACAUCGAAAACUCUGGUUCAUAGUGAAUUCAAUUAGAUCAUUCCUAAUUAAGAUUGAGAUUCUUUUUAAAAGUUUAAUUAGUUGAGGAAGUUUAAUCAAGAUGGAUAAAACAAUCGCCAAUCAUGCAGCUUUAAAUUAAUAUUUUUGUGGUUUUCGUUCCAAAUUGGUUCCAAACUGCUUAGCUAUUUUGUUUGUUUAGAGAUAUUUUUAUUCAUUUCCUCAUUCAUAACAGACAAAUCAAGAGGUGUACGAAAAAUUUUGUCCAGCACCAUAGGUUGAAAACGUUAAAAGGGUCCACAUCAGCUGAUGGUGUUUUUUGAGUAUUGAAUUUUGCGAAUUUUGCGUGCAUAUAGUUACUGUUGACGCCUGUCAAAAAUAUGUCGAUCAUGUGAUAAAAUAUAUACCAAAAUGUAUAAGCGGACUAUGGACUGACACCCUUUUAACGUUUUCAAACUAUUCUCAUAGAUAUGUUCCUCUCAUUUUGAACUCUGUUUCACGCCAAGUUAAUUUUGUUUCAUUCUUUUUGAACUCAACUUGAAAAAUGUUUCACUUUUUCGAUUUUGUGUUCGUCUCCAAGCGUUUUGGAGUGUACAUAAUGCAUUUUGCUGACUAUUUUCAAAUCAUUAUCUUCAGAUUAUUCGAGUUUAAAGUUUGAUUUGAUAU